AGGCGCUGCGAGACCAUAAGGAGGAACUCGACCGAUACAUGACCGACUGCAGCAGGAUUCUGGGAGCGGUAGGAGCUUCUGCUACAGAGAACUGUCCAGCGUGGGCGUGAGCGGUUGUGAGAGUGAAGCUGGCUACUACUUCAUGCCAGACUUCGAGAUAGUCCGGGAGGGUCUGCGAGCUCGAGGAAUGUCCACGGGAGACCACAUGUCCAAAUCGAUGUUGGAGGAAGCUGAUGUGGCCGUAAUGUCCGCCCACGCUUUCCUACGCCCACCGGAGGAGUUCACGACCCGCUUCUGCUUCGUGUGUUUCGACGGUUCGAACGCCCUCGAGGCCGCUCGGAGAAUGCCAGCGUCCCAACCCCUGGGCGACGACUUCGUUCGCCAGUAUUGUUCGCCGGUCGUCGAGGGGGUUGAGCGGUUGAAGUCUUGGGUUUUGAAACAUACGGUUUGAGAUGGAUUUCGGGG